GCCUUGACUACUGAACUAGAGAGCAGAUUGAGACGUACCCCUCAUUUCCAGAAAUGGCUAGUUGAAAAGUAGCGAGAUUGACAUUAAACGAGCCACUAACCACUAACCCGACUAGACGUGUCGCAGUGUAGCAGGUACUUCGAAAUAACAAAAUAAAAUUUAGUUAGGACGCGACAAAAAAAGUCGCUUAUUCAGCACCAGUAUCUUUUGACUGAACAUUUACUCUCUGUGAUCCUAAAGUGCUCUACUGGAUUCAGAUCCGGUGACUGGGAAGGCCACUGAAGAAACUGAAUUCAUUGUCAUGUUCAUGAAACCAGUUUGAGGCUUUUGCUUUGUGACAUGGUGCAUUAUCAAGCUGGAAGUAGCCAUCAGAAGAUGAUAAAUUGUGACCAUGAAGGGAUGUACAUGAUCAGCAGCAAUACUCAUAUAGUCUGUGGCACUCAAGCAAUGAUUGAUAUUGGUAUUAACGGGCCCAAAGUGUGCCAAGAAAACUUUCCCCACACCAUUACACUUCCUCCACCAGACUGGACUGUUGACACAAGGCAGGUUGGGUCCAUUGAUUCGUUCUGUUGCUGCCAAAUUCUCACCCAACCGAUGUGCUUCGGCAGAAAUCAAGAUUUAUCAGACCAAGCAACGUUUUUCUAGUCUUCAGCUGUCCAGUUUUGGUGAGCCUGUACCCACUGCAGCCUCAGAUUGAUGUUCUUGUCUGACAGAAAUGGAACCCAAUGUGGUUUUCUGCUGUUGUAGCCCAAUCACCUCAAGGUUCCACAUGUUGUGCAUUCUGAGAUGCUUUUUUGCUCAACACAAUUGUAUAGACUGGUUAUCUGAGUUACUUCUGGUAACUCAGGUUUUUAAAAUAAAAGGAUAUUUGAAUUAGUCUUUCUGUCAACUCAAACCAAUCGGGCCAUCCUCUGUUGACCUCUCUCAUCAACAAGGAUCAUCACUGGAAGUUUUUUCUUUAUUGCACCAUUCUGAGGAAAGUCUAGAUACUGGUGUGCAUUAUAAUACCAAGAGAUCAGCAGUUAUAGAAAUACUCAAACCAGCCUGUCUGGCACCAACAGUCAUGCCAUGGUCAGAAUCAUGGCGGUCACAUUUUUUCCCCAUUCUGAUGGUUGAUGUAAAUAUUUGCUGAAGGUGCUUGCCCGUAUCUGCAAGAUUUUAUGCAUUACACUGCUGCCACAUGGCUGGUGUUCCUAGUAAAGUGUUAUAGGACUUGUGAACACCAUGGUUUGAUGAGCACCUCUAAAAAUUGUUGCAUUUGAACAUUUACCAUGGCCCUACCUGAUAGUUGGCCUAUUACCUCUAAUGUGGAGGAUCUGGAGGAAGACCAAACACCACUGCUGCAGAAAUAUGCCGAACAACAUACAGUGCCUCCUCAGUGCUGCUCUGUGCGAUUCAACCUGGCCUUCAUGAUGUUCCUCGGCUUCGCUGUGGUGUACGGGCUCCGGGUCAAUCUCAGUGUCGCUAUGGUCGCCAUGGUCAAUACAACUGCUAUCCAGCUAUCCUUCAAUGACAGUGAAUCAAAGGAAUGCCCAGCAUCUUCUACUACCCCUAACAGCAGCACUGAAAAUCCCGAUCAGCCAGAUGGGGUACCAAGAUACUCAUGGAAUCCUGAGACUCAGGGCUUGCUGCUGGGUGCAUUCUUCGUUGGGUACUUUUUCACCCAGAUCCCCGGGGGCUACCUGUCAGGUCGCUGUGGUGGGAGUAAGUUCCUGGGAGGAGGGGUUUUGGGUACAGCAGUGCUCACCAUCCUCACUCCUCUGGCUGCUGAGCUCGGGGUCAAUUGGCUGCUUGCUCUAAGAGCUCUGGAGGGGUUUGGAGAGGGUGUAACAUUCCCUGCCAUGAUGGCUAUGUGGGCCUGUUGGGCCCCUCCAUUGGAAAGAGCUCGUCUGAUGACUAUCUCAGGAGCAGGAGGAAAUUUUGGUGCUUUCCUUGCGUUCCCUCUCACAGGCUUCAUAUGUCACAGUCUGGGCUGGCCUGCAGUCUUCUACCUCUGUGGGGGAGCAGGAUGUCUUUGGGCAGUACUGUGGUUCAUCAUGGUGUCAGAUGAACCUCAGACACAUCCAAGAAUAAGUGACCAAGAAAGAGAAUACAUUAUCAACUCUAUAGGUUCAGAGGGAGGCUCCCAUGGUUGGUCACUGCCGCUGUUGCCUAUGCUGUGCUCAGGCCCUCUCUGGGCCAUCAUCAUUGCACAGAUGUGUUCCAACUGGUCUUACUACACUCUGCUUACCUCGCUGCCUACCUACAUGGACACAGUGCUGCACUUUGACCUGCGCCAGAACUCCUUCCUGUCGGCGUUACCCUACUUGGGUGCCUGGUUGUUCUCCGUGCUCUCAGGUGUGGUAGCGGACAAUCUUUUGGAGAGGAAGAUACUAAGUGUAACGGCUGUCCGCAAAAUCUUCACUUUUGCAGGUUUGGUCAUACCAGCAGCACUCCUGGUUGCUGUUGGAUUCUCCGGGUGCAGUGGCAUUCUGGCUGUCACCUUUGUCACCCUGUCCAACACUCUCGGGGGCAUCAGUGCAGCUGGAGUCUUCAUUAACCAGAUUGAUAUUGCUCCUCAGUAUGCCGGCAUACUGCUUGGGAUCACCAACACUCUUGGCUCUAUCCCAGGAGUACUUGCACCAAUUGCAGUGGGUCAUCUUGCCAAUGAUCAUUCUCUGAUGGGCUGGAGGAAAGUCUUCUAUUUGUCAGCAGGACUGAAUGUAUUUGGAGCCUUACACUACAUAUUGUUUGGCACUGGAAAGAUCCAAACUUGGGCACGAAGGGAGAACCAGUCAGAAACAGAGACUGAAAGAUAGCACUAAACUUGUUCUAAAAAGGACGCUAUUAAAAUUAUUUACUUGAAAACAUAAUUAAUUUUUAAAUGACUUUCAUUAUUUUAUGUUCUUAAUAUAAGAACAUAAAUGAAAAAUACAUGAAAAAAAAGAAAAUUUUUAAGGGAAUAAGGGAAAUCAAUAUGUUUGUUUAUAUACUCGAUGUUUGUCUAAUCCAGUAUAGUCAAUAAUGUGGUUAAGGUUUAUCUGAAAAGGUAAAAUAAGGUCCAUUCCAUGGGAAUAACUCUUACCUCUUAUAACACUGGAAUGUCUCUACAUUUUAUUUGACUUUAUAGAAAAUCUCGGUUCAUGAAACACCAGCACCACCUUUACAAUGUGUGGCAGUAGUUACAUGUACACAAUGUCAUUUUUCAAAGCAUUUUGUGUACUUCAACAAUUUGUAUACGUUUAUAGAAACGUACGAGUUUUCUUAACUCUUUAUAUGCCCAUGUUUUACACUUUAUAAAAACAUUUUUAACAAUUGUAGCAUUGAAACAUUGGAGUUUUACACACAACUGCAAAUGGAAAUAUUUGCUUUUGUGUUGAUUUUGUCAUUUUUGUUACUGUUAUAUUUUGUUUGUUGAUUCCUAUUUUAAUCCUUUUUAUAUUAAUAUGUAAAUUACACUUUCAUAUGAAAGUCUGAAAGUGUUAAACAUUCCGUAUAAGAGGGCAUUCAUUCUGUGGUCCAUUCUAUGGAUACAGUAAGACUCUUGUGAGAUGUUUUGAGUAACAUGGUAACAUAACAUAGAUUCCCAUAUAUGCUGGGGUUUUUUUUUUGUUUUUGUUUUUUUUUAAAAGAUCAUGAUUAACCAAAAGUUACUUUGGUAUUGUUGUACACUGCCAGCCUACAUCACAUCAUAGUUUGAGGGAUGAGCAUGUGAUCCAAGUGGGAACCAAACAAGGGAAGCAGGUUGGGUUUAUUUUAAUAAUGGGAAGACCUUACCUACACUGUACAUCUGGUGCAUAAAUACUGUUAUAUUGUUACUGAUAGUACUUUUAUAGUACUUUUAGUAUUGUUUUUUUUUCAGAGGGUAAUAAUUUAAAAAGCUUUUUUAACUAAUGAGUGGCAAUAAAAAUUGAGGUAUGCUUAUAUAUAAUCUAUGGAAGAAUUUUAAGAAAGCAUUCUCAGGUACCUAAUAAUAAAUGUUAAAAGUACUUUGAAGAAAUGUGUGUAAUUCUUUUUCUCUGACUUGAAUUCUAUUGGUGCCACUGUACUAACAAGUCCCUCGUAAGUUGUUGCUAUAGAAACAAAAACUUUUUAGGAGAGCUCAUUACACACUUAUUUACAACUAGGCACAAUUUAUCUUAGCCAGUCCACCAACUAGCAUGUUUUGGAAAGGAGGGAGGAAAUCAGAGAACCGGAAAGAAACCCACAUGGACACCGGGAGACGUGCAGAAACUUCACACAGACGUUAAUCUGAGCUCAGGUGCCACUCACAGCACAUACUGAAGUGUUUUAUUCCUCUUGUGCCACAGUAAUUUUCCAUAAAAAAUGUUUUAUUAAAGAGCGACAAGUUAGCGCCUUAUGUUAUCACUUAUAACCACUUAUACCUCUAAACAGUCGCUCUCACACCAGCAAGUUUUUGUUUUUAACUUUCUCUUGAAGUUCUUUCCCAUGUCAAAAUACUUACAGCUGACUGAAACUGAAGCUGACACUGAAGAGCCCUUACAAAACUGAUAUAUCUCCUCACAGAAAGCUUCAUCACAUCAAUGAUUAGAUGUUUUUGAAAUCUGUUUAUGUGGAGCUUCCCUCUGUAACCUAUUACUAUGAAAACAAUAGCACAAUGACCACAUUCGACUAAACUUUCCAGUCUGUCCAAGCCAUCCUGUUUUAAGAAAUGAAUCUGACCAAUCAGAUUCAAGCAUUCAACAGCGUGGCAGUAUAAGGGGUUAGAAUAUGUACAACACAAAAGCAAUUCUCAAAACUAUUUAUUUGUAGAUCAUUUGUAACAGUUACUUUUCUUUCUACUGCAUGUAUGUGUAGUUAAUAGUCUACUGCCCACAGACCUACUGUCAAGAUUAUAUUUUAUUUUAUUUUUUUACCCCAAAUGUUUUACUUGAACUGCUCAUACAUUCACUGUGUAUCUGCUGGCAGUGUCUUAUAAAUCUGUCACUGGCUAAAGAAAUGCUUAUUUAAAGCUACCACUAGUUUUAAAAAUGACAACAAUAAAUGAUUAUACAUGACAAA